AUUUCUAAAUACAAUGUUUUGUACCGGAAAUUCACUACCAAGAAGAACAAGACAUGGGAAGGUGAUGCGGUUCUGUCACUAAAUUCAUCAACUAAUUUUGCUACAAUUAGAAACGAGGACGAUAUUGUCAUAGGCAGAAUCAAAGAUGCAGACAGGGUAAUUUUUAAAGGUUGCUUCAAAUGCUCUGGCUUUGAAUUCGAGUUGGAUGACGAAAUAAUCCAUUCAAAGGUGCCCAAGCUGAACUUGUCAAGUACACCAAGACAUAUUCCUCAAUCUGUUAUAAGGGCCCAUAAACCUUCCACUUUCAAAUCCCCCUUGAUUGCAGAAGCAGUUAGGCAACCUUCACCUGAUAUGAUACAGUUCAAUGAUUUCACACAUGACAAAUCAGAUCCCUUGUUUAUGCCAGAUUUACCCAAAAGCAUAGACGCGUCCGAAAAGCCACGAAUGGUAGUGGUAGAUCCUUCGAUAUCAUCUAAGUUGAGGCUCCAUCAACGUGAAGGAGUCAAAUUUUUAUACUCAUGUUUGAUGGGACUCAAAUCGCCUGAUAUGAGGGGUGCAAUCCUAGCAGAUGAAAUGGGCUUAGGGAAAACUCUACAGACUAUAACUUUAAUAUGGACCCUUUUAAGACAGUCUCCAAUUGCUGGUCAAAAACCUACAAUAAACAAGGUCUUAAUAUGUUGUCCUGUUUCUUUAGUCAAUAACUGGAAAAGCGAAUUCUCAAAAUGGUUGGGACUAAACCGUUUGAACGUUUUAACAAUUAAUAGCAACAAAUAUCAGAAUGAGAAGCAGGAUGUUGAGCUCUUUGGCAGAAAUAAUGUUUAUCAGGUGAUGAUAAUGGGUUAUGAAAAAAUGCAGUCCAUGUCCGAUUUACUUUCAGGUAUAAGAUUCGAUCUCUUAGUUUGCGAUGAAGGCCACCGUCUCAAAAACAGUGAGAACAAAACCAUGAAAACCCUUGAAAGCUUUAAUAUAAGGCGGAGAAUCUUACUAUCAGGAACGCCGAUCCAGAAUGAUCUUGUUGAAUUCUAUACAAUGGCAAAUUUUACCAAUCCUGGAAUUUUUGGCGACCUGAAAACUUUUCAGAAGGAAUUUAUCAAGCCAAUUCUAGACUCGAGAGACCCGAACUGCAGAAAUGAGAAAUUCAUCAAGAAUGGAAAAAAGAAAUCCAAAGAACUAGUUGACAAGACUAAUAAUUUUAUACUUAGAAGAUCUAACCUCGAACUGACUAAGUAUCUACCCAAGAGGUCAGAUUAUAUUAUCCUCGUCCCACCAACACCACUUCAACUUCAAUUAUUAAAAACUGUGAUCGAAACGAAAAAGUUUAAGAGUCUGAUAGAGUUAGACGAAUCUGUUUCCAGUUCUGCUACAGGUGGCGCCUUCAACUUAAUAAACACGUUCAGGAAAAUAUGCAACUCUCCCUCGCUAUUAAAGGAUGACAGCUUUUUUCUUGAGGUUUGCGAAAGAAAUUCAGAUUCACUUGACGAUGUAAACUUCAGGAAACAAUUGUCAAAAAAAGUCAAAAGCGGCAAGUUAUUGGUUUUGAUUAAACUUCUUGGAAUGUUGCACUCAGAUGGAGAGGAAAAAGUGGUCAUUGUAUCCAAUUUCACAGCAACUUUGGACAUCAUCGAAUCAUUGUUUAGAUCGUUGAAUCUUGUGUUUCUACGACUUGACGGAUCUACUGCAUCGAAUGAAAGAAGUAAGCUUGUGGAUAGAUUCAAUAAGUCGUCCCCUGAUAAAGUAUUCGCACUACUUUUGAGUGCCAAAGCUGGGGGAAUUGGAUUGAAUCUCGUCGGUGCAUCGAGAAUUGUAUUGUAUGAUAAUGAUUGGAAUCCCGCAGUUGAUCUUCAAGCGAUUGCAAGAAUACAUAGAGACGGACAAAAACGGGAAGUGAAAAUUUACAGACUGUUAACAAACGGGUGCAUCGAUGAGAAGAUCUUUCAAAGGCAAUUAGCCAAACAAGAUUUAAGUGAUCGCUUUGUCGACCAAGGAGGAGGUGAAAAAGAAUUAUUUGAUCGCUCGGAGUUGAAGGAUAUUUUCACCGUACAGUUUGAUAAAGUGGAGAAUCACGACUACUCUAAUACCCAUGAAAUGAUGAUGUGCGAAUGUAAAGGUGAUGGCAUUACGUCGAUUGAUGAUUCGUGCCCGAGGGAGAAAAAUGAGGAAACAGAAGCAGAAGCAGAAGUAGAACCGGAUUUUACUUCUCAGCGUAAAGUUGAGGUUAUGAAAUUUGUGUCAGCAUUAACAUUUGCUGAUCACUAUAAGGUGGAAGAGGAAGAUGCGUUAGAUAUGAAAAAACAGCAAUUGAGACGCUGUAUGAAGGGGUACAAGCAUUUAAAUCCAGUGUCGGCAACAAAUAGAGAUUUUAGAACAGACGAUGCUGUGCUUAACAAACUGCUUAAUGAACAAGAUAAGGCCAAACCAUUAGUUUCGUUUGUAUUUGGAAAA